AUGGAGACCUCAACUUCCAGGAUCGUCCUUGUUGUACCUAAACAGCAUGUCAAGACUGUGAAAUCAGCCCUAGAACGGGCCGGACAGUUUGACCGGAACAGCAAGAUCGUGCCUGACUUGGAUAGCGAAAGAGUAUCAAGUGCAGUCGGGAAUUCGACUGGUCCGACACAGAGUGCUGAUCUAUCGAGGUCAUCUCCACCUGAAGCAGACACUGCGGCAUCACCAGCGGAAGCCUCACAUGCACCACCAAACCUUACACAGCAGUCACGCUUCCCGAGGCUCCACUUCGACGCGACCCGCGGCGAAUAUGUCGACCAGUCAUCUUUGGAAGACAGAACUCAGCGUGGAAGCCAGAUAGUUGAGAAUGAGACCUCGAGCCCGGCGGGCGAGUCACCUGGUGAUCGCGACAGUCAUAUCAGGUUUCCCACCCUGCAGUUUGAUGUGGUCAGAGGAGAAUAUGUUGAGCGUUCUACCGUGAACACGGAGGCUGACAAGGCUAGAGAGCCUGACCAAAAUCGGAUGCGUAUCCCCACGACCAUCCCGUGUCCUGCGCCUAGAAACAGCUCAAACGACAUCCUGGAUGCUGAGGGUUUGAAGUCCAAGAUAACAGAAGAUCUCGCACUGAGCGAGAUCUCCACAGACAUAUCCAUCUCACACCACGUCCCAAGCACGGCAGCAUCACCGCGUGCGGCUCACUCAAGUCCCCUUCACAAGGCUUUAGGAACCGCGCUCACCUUGCUUCUGGAUCUUGCCUCUGUAUCGCACACACUCACGGUCGAAGCACUUGUCACAGCUUUCCCAGACGGAUAUUCAGUGUACAAGCCCAUGCUUCUUCUUCCGCACAACGCAUUGUCCUCCGCCCCCUGGCGAGCUCUCAGCACCACUUAUCCAGCCGACUCCGACGAAAUGAAAGCAGUAUGGCGAGAUACAGCGAUAUCAGUGGGCGCAACACACGUCGCCAUCAACGCGCCCAUACCCAUAUCCACGUCUUCAACAUCAGCAUCAUUAUCCACCACGGCAGGCGAAGAGAACAUACUGCGUAGCCCAACCAAUCUCACACCUCUCUACGGCAACUUCGGUCCCGCACCAACCUCACAAACCAUCACCUCACCAUCAGCAACAGACUUCGCCGACGCCCUAUGGGUAACUGCGCGCCAAAACGGUAUUUGGCAGACCUGGGCGCCGCUCUACACGAUGUUCAGUCGCGGCAAUGUCAAUGAGAAAGCAAGGAUAUUGAAUCUUGCUUCGGUGAAUAAUCUGGAUGUUGCAUCAACAGCCGUCGAUCUUUACGCUGGAAUCGGCUACUUCGCCUUCUCGUACAAGAAGAGUGGAGACAGACGGGAUACAGGUAUCAAGCAAGUCGCAUGUUGGGAGAUAAACCCGUGGAGUGUGGAAGGACUACGGAGAGGUGCAGAGAUGAAUGGGUGGACGUGCAGAGUCCUCAAGGAUACAGACAUAGCGCAACUGCGUGAAAGUCCCUCGAGAGACGAUUCCUGUCUCGACCAAGCGGAUCUCCUGGUCUUUCAGACGAGCAAUGAGAGUGCCGAGACGGACUACGCGUUGCUUCCAUCGCCUAAGCCACCUGUUCGACACGUCAAUCUAGGCUUGCUGCCUUCGUCGAAGCUCUCCUGGGGCGUUGCAGUUGCCAUGCUUGACAAGCAGCUUGGAGGGUGGAUUCAUGUGCAUGAGAACGUUGGAGUCAAGGACGUCGAGACGAGGCGAAAGGUUAUAGAAGAGGAAUUCCAGAGUCUGGUGGACAAGAGGGACGCCGCAACCAGAAGGAAGGUUCUGGUGGAACAUGUGGAGAAAGUGAAGAUGUACGCACCUGGUGUUGUGCACUGUGUUUUUGAUGUUGUCAUUGGAGGCGAUAUCUGA